ACGAACCCAAGCUGUUCCAUCGGAGGAGUAAAGAUGGCUGACAACGGCGCCGCGGAUCCUGGAAAUAACAACAAUAAUGAAACUGUCGCACCGGAGGGAACUAUUAUCAAGGUCACAGUCAAAACCCCCAAAGAUAAGGAGGAGAUCGCCAUCAGUGAAGACGCCUCCGUCACCCAGUUUAAGGAGGAGAUCUCGCGGCGGUUCAAGGCCAAACAGGAUCAGUUGGUUCUGAUAUUUGCCGGAAAGAUCUUGAAGGAUGGCGACAGCCUCAACCAGCACGGCAUCAAGGACGGCCUGACAGUACACUUAGUAAUUAAGACGGCACAGAAAGCUGGAGACGGCGCUGGCUCUUCGUCCACAAGCUCUACUUCCAGCCAAGUGGGCAAUGCUUCAACCCCCAGUCCGAUGGCCAACCCCACCACCGCAACCUCAACUGCCACCACCACAGCAGCAGCAGGCUCCGCUGGCACGGCCCCGCCUCCCACACAGACCCCUAACCUACUAUCUGGCUUCGGCGACCUGUCCAACCUGGCCGGCCUUGGCAUGGGCUCUGGGAACUUCAUGGAGCUGCAGCAGCAGAUGCAGCGGCAGCUGAUGUCCAACCCAGAGAUGCUGUCCCAGAUCAUGGAGAACCCGCUGGUGCAGAACAUGAUGUCCAACCCGGACAUGAUGCGGCAGAUGAUCGUGGCCAACCCUCAGAUGCAGCAGUUGAUGGAGCGCAACCCGGAGAUCUCCCACAUGCUCAACAACCCAGAGCUCAUGAGACAAACGAUGGAGCUAGCGAGGAACCCAGCCAUGAUGCAGGAGAUGAUGCGUAACCAGGACAGGGCGCUUAGCAACCUGGAGAGCAUCCCCGGGGGGUACAAUGCCCUCCGCCGCAUGUACACCGACAUCCAGGAGCCCAUGUUCAGCGCUGCCAGAGAACAGUUUGGUAGCAACCCCUUCUCAGCCCUGGGGGGGACCAAUGACUCUGGCAUCCAGCCGUCACGGACAGAGAACCGGGAGCCCCUCCCCAACCCCUGGGGGCCUCCUAGCGCCACCAACCCUGCCGAGAGUGGGGGGGGCCCUGCAGGCGCCCCAGGCACCACCCCUGGGACCACCCCCAGCGUCACAAACCCCCUGGGCAUCAACGCAGGCAGUCUGGGGAACGGCAUGUUCAACAGCCCCGGUAUGCAGAGCUUGAUGCAGCAGAUCUCGGAGAACCCGCAGCUGAUGCAGAACAUGCUGUCUGCCCCCUACAUGCGCAGCAUGAUGCAAUCCCUUUCACAGAACCCUGAGUUGGCGUCCCAGGUGUUGAUGAACAACCCCUUAUUUGCCGGAAAUCCGCAACUGCAGGAACAGUUCAGGUCCCAUAUGCCCGUCUUCCUGCAGCAGAUGCAGAACCCGGAGGCGCUCUCGGUAAUGACCAACCCCCGGGCCAUGCAGGCUCUCAUGCAGAUCCAGCAGGGCCUGCAGACACUGCAGUCAGAAGCACCGGGACUUAUGCCUAGUCUGGUCCCGGGUGGAAUCCCCGGGAUGCCCCCCGCCGCUGGGGGUGUGGUGCCGGAGAGCCCCGCCCCCUCCCCCAGCGCGGGAACAAACCCCGCCCAGCAGCAGCUGAUGCAGCAGAUGCUCCAGAUGUUUGCCGGAGGUGCGGGUGGAAUGGGAGGAGGAGGACUGGGAGGAUUAGCUGGAGGACUCGGAGGGGGCCUGGGAGGACUGGGAGGAGGACUCGGUGGAGGACUGGGAGGAGGACUCGGUGGAGGACUGGGAGGAGGAGGAACUGCAACGACCCAGACACCAGAAGUCCGGUUCCAGUCCCAGCUGGACCAGCUGAGCGCCAUGGGCUUCAUCAACCGAGAGGCCAAUCUGCAGGCCCUCAUCGCCACCGGGGGCGACAUCAACGCGGCCAUCGAGAGACUGCUGGGCUCACAGCCCUCGUAAAGACACACAUGCAGACAAGGGUGCAUACUCACACACAUGCACACGUCCCACCCACACAACCAACCAACCAACAAGCCACACACUCACUCGCUGUCAUCCAUGCAUCUUCGUGAAGACCCUGACAGAAGUCUGGCAGAACCAAGAGAAAUACCAGUGAAGAGGUUUCAACCUUUGCAGAAGAAACACGGACAUGUUGCGUCUCCGAUUCUUUCCCCACCCUUCUUUUUCCUCCUCUUUUUUUUCUUUUCCCCCCCUUCCCCGAUCCUGUUGGUGCCAUCCACAGGGAUCUGUUCCAGUGCACUGCUGCAGUGGCGGACUUGACCAUUUCCUUACCUGAGGGGGGUGUUAUGUUGCAUCAGCAAUGAGAAUCACAACCAGUUAUUUAAUUUAAUUAUUUUUUUUCCGUGGGUGGUUGUAGUCAGAGGGAGACUUGUUUGCAGACAAACAUGCCUAGAAUAGAGCUUGAAUCCAGAGUGACAUAAUGUGGCUUUGUCCUCAGCUCUACACAUUUACAUAUAUACAUAAUCUGAGUUAUCGCUUUUUAAUAUUGUGGAGCUCCCGUUUUUUUAGACAGUCUCGAAAGAACAAGCAAGAGAUUGUCCUUUUUUUGUUUUGUUCAUUAAACUCUUUAACACCGCCCCUCUAUUCCCUCCACUCUCACUCACCUUUAUUUUAGACUUCUGAACGAACAGGCCAUCGGGUUAUAUAUGAAAUCACAAUAAAUUAUAAAGCGCUUCUUAAUGACGUGCACCUCCCACACUUCAAUUUUAUGAUUGGUCAUUCCAGAACGGCUUGCCUCUAGCCAUGGGUAAUGGCUGUUCUCCACCUUUAAAGCACUACCUCUGUGCCUUCGUCGUUCCCUACCCCUCCCUUCCCUCAAAGGCAUUCUUAACUGACAUCAAUUUAGCACGACCAAUUAUCCAGGAUUGGUCGGAAACCCGAAUUUUCGGCCAAAUAUCUAGAAUGGCUUUCACGCAGAAAGAAGUCAUUUAUUUUUCACCAUAAUCAUUGAGAACCGGUUGAAGAGGAACACCAGGAAGAUCAUUUUUUCUUCUAUUUUAUCCAUACCAAUUUAAGACGAUUUGAGGUGGAGAUAGUACCAAUAGAUAAUUAUUGCAAGUCUCAAACCUAAAACAAAAUAAAUAAAUCUGAAAUCAAAAUGAUUAAAGACAUAAUGGAAAGUCUAUUAUUUUGUUAUGGUGGAAAUAUAGUCAUGUAAAUUGAACUUCUAGUUUUUUUUUUUUUGCUUUUGGAAAUCUCAGCAUUGUAGUUGUGGUAACCUUGGCAACUGCUUCUAUAGCUUUGCUUUGUCUGUUGACCUCAGCUGAUACAAAUACAUCUCCCAAUUCAACAUGUUGGAACUAACUUUUAACAGUACUGUACUAAAAAAGAAUAAUAAAAAAAAUCUUGCUAAAAAAAAAACUUUUUGGCGCAGUGUAAUUUAAUGGACAGUGAUGAUAUGUCUUUUUUUUUUUUGGCAUACUAUAAUAUAUUUCUAGAAGUUGGUUCCCCGUCUAAUGGCUUUAACUGUAAUUGUUGUUAGUGGUUCAAGUCUGUCUACAUGUCAUGGAUGAGUUGAUCCAUUUAAAUGGCCGCAGCCGUGGCUGAGCUCAAGGGUCUAGAGAAUUGUGAUUCAUUGUUUGCUCCUAUUUGGCUCAAUCAUCGUGAAAAUUGCUGUUCAUUCCUGGAAUAUUGCAAUAAAGCUCUGAACCAUUAACACUCAAUGAUCCUGGGCAGGGUUUGAAAUCAGUGUAUUGCAACAUUUUACCUUCUGGCACCAGACGUAGAACGCAUACGAUGCAUAUUUGCAACACAAUCUUUUGAUCGUCUAUUUCACGUUUUAACUAAUUUUGUUGCAGGUCCUUAUAUGAGACUUGAACUCCUUCAUCUUAGGGGUGUGUUGCUUGGAGGCGGGGUGAAAUAAAUGGAGUGUAGAUGUUAUGAGGGUAAUUCACAAUGAGGGGUCUUCUAAAUGUAACUUUUUAAAUUUGAAGUAUAUAUACAAUCAUUUUAAAUAAGUGUCUUGUUCUUUGUCAUAUUGUAUACAACAUGUGAAUUACAAAUUGAAUCACCCUGUAUGGUGGAUUAUAAUCUUUAUCCUGAGCCUCAUCUACUGAAGUUUUCAUGUCACUCACCCAGAGAAGUUGACAGGUUGUGUUGGUCUUUGGAUUGAUCCUUCUUGAUUUAAAUGACUGGUUCCAAGGCUCACAUUGUAAGAAACUCUCGCACCUUUUGAAAAUGUUCAGUAUUUUUCAAAUACUGUUGAUAUUUCAGAGAGAAAAAGUUUUUCACAAUUAUAUUAGAAUAUUACCUCUCACACAUUUCACGCUCUAAUUAAAUGAAGAUGACUCAAUCUUUUUUUUUAUUAUUCAUAUUUUUGUAGCCUCAGAAUAAAUACCUAAUGGUGUUGCUGCUAUUACGACCAAACAUGUAAAAGAAAAUCAGCGCUAACUUGAAAAACAAUACAAAAACUAAAUUAAACCACUUUAUUGUGUAUUGUGUAUUGCAUAGUGGAUCGCCACUUGUCUGUGCCCCCACAAUUUAGUUUUGUGAAAAUGUUGCCAAAAUCACAUUUUUUAAAUGAACAUGAGCAUGCAUGUGUACUGUCAGAAUGUAGAUCACAUAUUCAUAUUGUGUUCUAUAAAGUGGUAGAUAAAAAAAUAUAUAUAUAGUUGGCUUACAUUGAUUUACACCCACACCUCCAUAAUGAUUG